CCUUUCCUCUUCCUGCAUUUCCGGAAGUAACCUGAUAGCUAGGCGAGAAGACCGGGAGCAUUAACAGAUCCUACUUUAAAAUAAACAAAUAAAUAAAGAUCGUGGACAGACACUUAAUUUAAUACUGUAACAAGAUACAGGAUGUCUAGACAAUCAAACAGAACCACCGAGAGCAAGAAAAUGAAUUCGGAGCUCUUUACUCUCACAUAUGGGGCCCUGGUCACCCAGCUGUGUAAGGACUACGAGAAUGACGAAGAAGUCAACAAACAGCUGGACAAGAUGGGGUACAAUAUUGGAGUGAGGCUCAUCGAAGACUUCCUGGCUCGAUCCAGUGUGGGGAGGUGUCACGAUUUCCGAGAAACAGCCGAUGUCAUCGCGAAGGUGGCAUUCAAGAUGUAUCUGGGCAUUACUCCCAGCGUGACCAACUGGAGCCCGGCAGGGGACGAGUUCUCCCUCAUCCUGGAGAGUAACCCGCUGGUGGACUUUGUGGAGCUGCCAGACAACCACAGCACCCUGGUGUACUCAAACCUUCUUUGUGGGGUGCUGAGGGGAGCCCUGGAGAUGGUCCAAAUGGCGGUGGAUGUUCGGUUCGCCCAGGACACGCUAAGAGGGGACAACGUGACCGAGAUCCGCAUGAAGUUCAUCAAGAGGAUCGAGGAGAACCUUCCUGCCGGAGACGAGUGAGAAGAGCUGGGCUGGUGAGGAGCCGGCAGCUGGUGGGCCUAAGACAUGGAGAGGGGAGAGAGAGACUGCAGCUGUGAUUUGUAUAUACUAACGUGUUCAGAGAAACCCCAUUCACAGAUCCUUGUAGGAACAGGCACAGUUUCAUUUUUAGGGACACCCCUCUCCAUGUUAACUCCUGAAUCUUUGGGACCGGUUUUCCCAGCACCGACAAAAAAAAUACACUUGUACACUAUGGCUGCUGGGAAUGGGAUCUAGCUCUCCGAGUUAAGGCAUGUCCAGGAUUCUGUUCAGGUUGGUUUGUUUGCCUUUUGAUACAGAAUUAUCAUUUAACAAGAUGUUUUGUUUUGUUUUGUGUCUGUCUCAUGUUUUCCAUUAUAGAGUGUAGAAUGUGGUGCAUUCUGACUAUUUUUUAUUAGUUUUUUUUUUUUUUUUUGGUUGGUGAAAAUUCAUCACCACCAUCAAAAAGGCUGUUCUGUAUUAUAAAAAAAAAUUCUUUUUGCCUGCCAUUUUUAUGCAACAUAUAAAAUAUCAUGCCCCUGGCAUGGCAAUUUAACUUAUGAAAUAUACUAUUAAAGAAACUUAAUAAACUCUCUUGGAGAUGGAACAUAA